UCCAACGAAACCCAGCUCAGAAGAACCGAAAAGCCUCGAACUCGCAAGUUCUUUCUGCCUUUCUGUUGUUAUACAGAGAGGAUGAGGUCUCCGUCUUGCUCUCAGAUCAUUUCGAGAUUGAAUCUUGAUGGCCACCAAGAAGGCGGGUACUAUGUGCAGACCUCGAGAGACGACUCCAUUGUCCUCUCCAUGUCUCACCGCCCUUCUCGAUGUAUUCGAGCUAUACGAAGACAGAAAUUUCAAGCUAACGAGUGUUGGAUCUGAUCUGCUGGGGGAAGACCAGCAACUGCAGUACAUGGUGCCUCCAUACGUUUGGUUUAGUCUAUUUCCAACAAAUAACUACACCAUUUCCACAGAUGGAGCUGUAAAAGUUCACAAAGCCGAGCCGAGGGAUGCAGAGAACCACUACUCUUUUCUGGGGGCUACCUGCGCCCCUGCCUUUCAGAUUGAGGACGCAGAGGUGGCAAAGCGGGCUGAGUUCGUUUCGUGAUUCCUACACCUCAAGCCUCUCAUCUCCUUGCUCACCUUGCCCGACUAACGUUUGAGUUCUCCAUGGUGCAUCUAGUACUUGAAAAACUAUGAGGUGGGUACAUCAUUGCUUGUUAUUGCCCAAGGGGAGUGCAUCAUGAAAAGUGCAGCAUUGGCUGUGAGCCUUGUGUUAGGAAGGUUAAUCAACUCUUCCGCCAGCAUAUAUAGUGAACUGUCUUUACGUAGUGAAAGCACGAGAAUUUUUCAUGCUAUAAAUACAUGUUUUUGCCUCCUCGACACCCCUGAUUUUAUUACGUAGGCAGAAAUUUAUGUUUUAGGUCUUGUUUCUUGUGGACUAAUAAUUUGGUGUCUUGAACAUGCUUACAAAAAGUAUUUGAACAUGACACAAAUAGUUCUUAAA